CAUUCAUCUACUCUUACCCUCUUUAGUUGUUGAGUACUUAUAAUAAACUUAUAAUAUGUUAAAGAUAUGUACUGAAUAAGAAGACAACAGGAGAUGCGUUGUAUUAAAUUGCUCUACGCACUAACUGAUCUGUUUACCCCAAUUGAUGUAGACAGAUUAAAUCCACAUAACCUGAUCACACCAUGAGCGUAAGUGAGUGUCAGUGCAGGCAGAGAUUAGCAUAAGCGUUGUCUAAACCAUAUUCUGCUGAGCAGUCAAAUAUGCUAAUCUAUAAUCUGUCCUAUAAAUGCACUUAAACGGAGUGUGCUCAAUUUCCUAGACCAAACAAACCAACUGCGAGAAACAAACCAGCGAUCAUGAACGGCACUGAGGGACCGGACUUUUACGUUCCCAUGUCCAAUGCGACUGGCAUGGUGCGCAGCCCUUACGAGUACCCACAGUUCUACCUGGCAUCGCGAGGGGCGUAUUACUGUGUCGCCGCAUACAUGUUCUUCCUCAUCGUUACCUGCACCCCCAUCAAUGGCCUCACACUGUAUGUGACCAUUGAAAACACAAAGCUGCGGACACCGCUGAACUACAUCCUUCUGAACUUAGCUGUGGCCGAUCUCUUUAUGGUGUUUGGUGGAUUCACAACGACCUUCUACACCUCCUUACAUGGAUAUUUUGUCCUAGGACGUGCUGGUUGCAACAUGGAGGGCCUCUUCGCUACGCUCGGCGGUGAGAUUGCGCUCUGGUCUCUGGUUGUCUUGGCUGUUGAGAGAUGGGUGGUCGUCUGCAAGCCCUUCACCAAAUUUCGCUUCAGGCAACUCCACGCCACCAUCGGUGUUGCCUUCUCUUGGACAAUGGCCUGUUCGUGUGCCGUACCGCCUCUAAUCGGAUGGUCCCGCUACAUUCCUGAGGGCUUGCAGUGUUCGUGUGGAGUGGAUUAUUACACGUUGAAUCCUGAGACUGAAAAUGAGUCUUUUGUUAUCUACAUGUUCCUUGUGCAUUUCACAAUCCCUCUGACCAUCAUUUCUUUCUGCUACGGCCGUCUGCUCUGCGCUGUCAAGGUAGCAGCCGCCCAGCAGCAAGAAUCUGAAACUACUCAGAGGGCCGAGCGAGAAGUUACCAGAAUGGUAAUCCUCAUGGUCAUCGCUUUCCUAAUAUGUUGGGUCCCCUACGCUAGCGUCGCCUGGUAUAUCUUCACCCACCAGGGGAGUCAGUUCAGCCCCAUUUUCAUGACCAUCCCGGCAUUCUUUGCCAAGAGCUCGGCGCUCUACAACCCGCUCAUUUACGUCAUGAUGAAUAAGCAGUUCCGUCACUCCAUGAUGUUAAUAGUCUGUUCAGGAAAGGAUCCUUUCCAGGAUGAGGAGGAAGUAAGUUCCACCUCAAAGUCCAAGACAGAGACCUCAUCCGUCUCCUCCGGCUCUGAAUCUUCUGCCUGA